UACGUCAAGAUGGAAAAAUUGGGUGAAGGCGCAUACGGUCGAGUAUACAAAGGAAGGAAUCAUUUAACUGGAGAACUUGUAGCCUUAAAAGAGAUAAAGCUGGACCCGGAUGAAGGUGCGCCGUCCACCGCAAUUCGGGAAAUAUCUUUACUAAAGGAACUCAACCAUCGAAGCGUCAUCAAAUUAUGCGAUGUUGUGCAUACAGAUGCAUCUUUAACAGUCGUCUUCGAAUAUAUGGAUCAAGAUCUAUAUACUUACAUACAUCAUGGCAUACCUGUUCCUGUCAUCAAAUCGUUCAUGUUCCAGCUGCUUGAUGGUUUAGCUUAUUGUCAUAAUCACAGAAUAAUUCACCGUGAUUUGAAGCCACACAACCUACUUGUCAACAAUUCCGGCUUUUUGAAGUUGGCAGACUUUGGCCUUGCCAGAUCGAUGGGCGUACCGUGUCAUAGUCUUUCCAAUUCAAUAGUAACGUUGUCUUAUCGUCCACCUGAUAUUUCGCUAGGGUCAUGUAAUUAUUCGUAUUCACUCGAUAUGUGGUCUGUUGGGUGCAUCAUGGCAGAAUUGUUUACAGGGUCGCCUAUCUUCUACGGUAAGAAUACGGAGGAGCAACUCCAAAAGGUUUACCGCGUUCUGGGUACACCAAACGAAGAAAUUUGGCCAGGUAUGACACAAAUGCCAAAUUAUAGACCGUCUUUUUCUUCCUAUCCACUGCAGUCAAUGCAGCAAAUUUUCCCGUGUUUGGAUCCAUUAGCGCAAGACUUGUUAGGCCGUAUGCUACAAUACAAUCCUGCUGCUAGAAUAAGCGCGCAAGAGGCUAUGGAACAUCCUUUUCUCGAUGACUGCAAUCCAAAAAAAAAUCUGUGAAGAACUUCUUAAAG